CUCUGACGCUUUUUGUGCUUCGUUGUGCGUCACUCUGGACAAGCAGCUCGGCAGCUGCAGAGGCACCUGAGAUCCGAGCCGCAGCCUCCUGCCGUCCCUCUAUGUGAAACUUCUCCUCUCACUUCGCUUCGCACCGUCGGGUCAGACCUCCGGAUCCCACCAUGACCUCCAUGGACGCCUUGAAAUGCUCGGCGGUGCUGGAGAAACAGAGGCGCAGCCCUCUAGACCGCCUCCCGCCACCGGCCAACUCCAACAAGCCGCUGACGCCUUUCAGCAUCGAGGACAUCCUCCGCCAGCCGCCGUCGGCGGGUCACGGUGCGUGCGGCCGGGCGCUGCUCAGUCACACCUCGCCGCUGUGCGCACUGGAGGAGCUGGCCAGCAAAACCUUCAAAGGGCUGGAAGUCAGCUUCCGGCAGGCUGCUGAGGGUCGAGAUGGCCUGACGCUGUUCGGCCAGAGAAGCACCCCCAAGAAGCGGCGGAAGUCCCGCACGGCAUUCACCAACCACCAGAUCUACGAGCUGGAGAAGCGCUUUUUGUACCAGAAGUACCUGAGCCCAGCCGACCGGGACCAGAUCGCCCAGCAGCUCGCUCUGACCAACGCGCAGGUCAUCACAUGGUUUCAGAACCGACGAGCGAAGCUCAAACGGGAUUUGGAGGAGAUGAAAGCGGAUGUGGAGUCGGCCUCGGCAGCGGGCGCCGUGGCCUUGGAGAAGCUCUCCAGGCUGUCCGAGCUGCAGGGCUGCGCAGCAGGAGGCAGAGGCUGCGGCGGCGUGGACACGGCGCCUCCCGCGCUCCAGCGACACCCUGGCUCCUGCCGCCCGCACGUGGCGCCUCCCUCACCGAAGUCGCCGCGAACAGACAGGCUGAGGAGAGAGUGUUCUGAGGACGAGGACGAGGAGAUCGAUGUGGAUGACUGA